CAAAAACGUACGGCUGUAGUCACAUGAACGGGCAUCUCUAUCUGCUUGUAUAUACAGAACUUUCGAGAGGAGGAAGAAAAGGAAGGACAGGCAUUGGCAAUUAGCGGUUGGGCGUUAGGGUGGGGAUGUGGGUGUCAAAGAUCCUUACUCCUUCCUUACAAUACCCAAACAGAAGCAGAUACGUGAGGUGCAGAGCAAAAGCUCAGAAGAAGAGAGUUGCUGUUGUAGGCAAUGGUUGGGCUGCCCUUGGCUCUGCUCACCACCUCUCCAAACAGGGGUUUGAUGUCAUCCUCCUUGAUUCCCACGGGGGUAAGACCACCUCCUAUGAUUGUGUUGAAGUUGGAAUCCAAGGUAGGGGACAACUGAUUAACAGUCCAUAUGUCAUACAUAAGUCCACAUAUUCCAGCAUUGAGUCCUUGCCAACUCGGAAAGUAGUGUUACUACAGGAUCCACACGUUUCAGGUACCCUUACCGUAAUAUAUUUUCUCUUGUUGACGAGCUUGGCAUCCAGCCUUUCACCAACUGGACAAGAUCAGCACAAUAUUCCCCAGAAGGUCUGGAGGUUGAAAUUCCAAUAUUUCAAGAUUUACCUAGGUUGCCAGCUCCACUGGGUGCAUUCUUUUACACUCAAUUCCUUCGUCUCCCUUUCGAGGAUAGAAUUACAUCACUUCCUCUCAUGGCUGCUGUCAUUGACUUCGACAACACUGAUACUGCCUGGAGAAAGUAUGAUACAAAACUUUUCAACGGCAGUGACUGCAAGGGAGCUUUUUAAACAGUUUGGUUGCUCAGAAAGACUUUAUCGGCAAGUAUUUAAUCCGAUUCUUCAAGUCGGACUCUUUGCUCCUGCAGAGCAAUGUAGUGCUGCUGCAGCACUGGGAAUCAUUUACUAUUUCAUCCUUGCUCAUCAGCAAGAUUUUGAUGUUAUGUGGUGCCGUGGGACUCUCAAGGAAAAGAUCUUUAUGCCGUGGUUGGAGUUGAUGAAAAUUAAGGGAUGUGAAUUACAUCAAAAGAGAAGAGUGACAGAUUUUUCACUAAAUGAAGACACUGGAUGUAUUUCAGAAGUAGUUUGUGGAGAAGUGAGAUAUGCAGUGGAUGCAGUUGUCUUAGCUGUAGGAGUUUCCACACUUCAGUCCAUUGUCAUGAACAGCUGGACUAUCUUCAGUUUUGUGCUACAAGCAAGGCAGGAUUUUUUGAAUAUCAUGAACUUGGCUGCCAUUGACGUGCUUUCUGUUAGACUGCGGCUCGAUAGGAAUGUUAAUAUUCCAAAAGCAAGCAAUGCUUGCUUUGGUUAUGAUGAUUCAAGUGGGUGGACUUUCUUUGAUUUGAAUGCCAUUUAUGAUGAGUACAGAGAUGAACCAGUGACGAUUCUAGAGGCAAACUUUUAUCAUGCAAACCAGUUGUUGCCACUGAAAGAUGAUCAGAUAGUUGCAAAGGUGAUGUCAUACCUAUCCAAAUGCAUCAAAGAGUUUGAACAGGCCAGUGUCUUGGAGAAAGUCGUUACACGGCUUCCUAAAUCCGCAACUCACUUCUUUCCAGGUUCAUACAACUACAUGAUGCGUGGGUCAACCACAUUUCCAAACUUGUUUAUGGCUGGAGACUGGAUAAUUAAUCGCCAUGGAUCAUGGUCGCAGGAGAAAGCAUAUGUGAGCGGGCUAGAAGCCGCUAACAGGGUGAUUGACUAUCUCGGAGAGGGGAAUUUUGCUAAAAUAAUUGCAGUGGAAGAAGAUGAACCUCACUUUCAAACAUUGCGCAGCUUCAAUAGAAGCAUUGCUGAAAUAAGGGCCCAACUUCCCUUGGCUGAUUUUUUCCUCUAGCAGGCAUAUUUAUGGAAUUCAAUCUCAAAAUAAAAUUUCUGUAUUGUUUCUGUUUCUCUCUCUUAUCAGGAGCCACUAUAAACCCUUCCAAAAUCAUUCCUUUCUCUGUAAAAGUAAAUUAUACAGGAUACAAGAAGCAUCAUUCCUGUCAAAUGCCGAAAUGCACUUAAUAUAAAUGUGAAUGGAAGUUAUCUUUUAUUUUAUCA